AUGGCCUGCACAAUCACGAUACCCUUCUGGCCCGACUCCACGGACUGCCUGGACUGGUCGCCAGAUAACCAGAUCGCUGUCACUGGAGGAGAACAGAUCGCCAUUCUGACACCAAAACUGAAGGAGACGGCACCCAAUGGCAAGCUCUGGAACACGACUCUUCUGAAAGUAAAUGCCUUCACCGCGAAGGAACACCCCCUCGUAGAUGCACCAUUAAGCAACAUCAACUUUUCCAUCGGCGAGGAACUUUCCCUUCGGCAGGCAAUCGAGUCGAAAUGGUCACCGUCUGGUCUGGCGAUUCACAAAGGCUGUGCGCUCGCCGUGCUCACGGCGAAUCAUGUGCUCAGUAUUUGGGCCCCGAGUGGCAAGUCAGAUGUGGCAAGUAAUUGGGCGCGACAGGGCAUUGUCAAUGAUGCUGUUGCGGAGUACUACAGGUCUAAGGACACAGCGCGGCAGCAUGGCACAGACGACCAGUCAAGUCAGCAGCAGCUCACAGAGCAAGACCGAGUUCGUCAGCGAAUCCGAUCUUUUGCGUGGAGUCCUCCAUUGACUCGCAAUGGCGGUGACGAGGAAUACUAUCUGGCCGUGUCCACCGAAGGUGCUGAUAUUCUCUUUUUCCGAGUUACAUCACCACAUAGCGGCACUUUGACGCGCCCUUCGAAGUGGGAGCUGACCGUGGUGGGUUCGCUUCGAUUGGAGUCAGAUGCGGAAAAUCAUCCCCAGGUCAAUGUCGGUGGCAUCCGCUUCGCCGAGUAUAUCGCCUGGGGCGGAUGGACGGUAGAUACCGCCGGACAAAAUGUCGCCCGAUUCGCAUAUGUUCACGCUGGCAGACUGUUCACAUCUUCUGUCAAGCGAAACACAUCGGCAGAGUCCUCAGCACCAAGUCGUGGGCUGGACAUAGACGACAGCAGACGGGUGUUAGGCGAUCGAACCGAUAUUAUUGGGCCCGUACGAUUUGUGCCGGGAAAACAGCGAGGCUCUUUGAUAGCAUUUGGAGAUGACACGGUCUUCGAGAUCGACGUUGACGAAGAAAUACCCACCGCCCGAACACAUCAUCUGGACGACAGAUGGGAUUGCGUAUCCGGCGUGGCCUUUGCCAAUCCAGGAGACGGCAGUAUUGUCUUGCACAUCACUUCACUGCUUUCAAUGUCGAAUGCGGCAACUACGACUCUCAGUCUACCACUGGAGGGGAAUGACACCAGCGUCCAGCCAUCGUGGCAGCACGCAAUCAGUGAAUUCAGAGCUACAUACGGCGCGGAUCAUAACCUCGACAGCCACGUAGCAGAACGCACGUCGGGCAUUGCGAGUUCGCCAUUAGGAGACUAUGUCGCGACUUGCACGACCAUGCACCCCUCCGACUGCAUUGAAUACGUGAUUGGGUCUGAGCAGAAGAGUCUUUUGAGCAUCACCUUGGAAAGCGAGUCUACGGAAGGUCACUUUCUACCAGCUCCGCCGACGACAUCGUCUCAACCACUAUCUGCUGAGGCAAUCCUCUUCAGUUUGUCGCGGCGACUGGAACAGAAUGCUGAAUCUGAGGAGCGCGAGAUUGUUGGCCGUGACUCGCUCGUCGCCGAAAUUCUUCGCUACCAUCAGCCUUCCAAGGACAGUAUCACCGUCGACAAGUCCACCCUUUUGGAGGCUCUCGGCGACGACCCCAAGCUUCUUUACCGUCAUAUCAAGCAAGCCAUAUUUGUACACCCCGACGUGCUUACUGCUCAAGCAUCGCGGAUUUCGGGCAUCGCACUCAAACCGAAUAUUACUCGAUCAGAGGUUACACGACCAGUAGUACAACGCCUCGUGCAGGAGUUUCUAAAGCUAACCAGCCAAGCUCCAAGCAGUGACAGCCUGAGCGAGAGGAUCAGGACCAUUUUUGCUGUUGUGAACACUAAGCUGUCUCCACCAGAUCCCGCCACGGUCAAUGGAGACAGAGAAAACGAUUCUGAAAAUUGCACGAUAUGCCAGAAGUCCAUUCUGUUCGAGAGCCUGAGGUGGGCGAGAUGCAUCUCUGGCCAUCAAUUCUCUCGUUGCUCGCUUUCUUUCCUCCCCAUCCAGGAACCCGGAACUACAAAAAGCUGCGGCAUUUGCGGUCUACAAUACUUCAACGAGAAGGUUCUCUCGGACAUUACGCCUGCCACGGAGGACAUCGAGAUGGCAGAUGUUGCCACUACGGAAAGCAAUAUAGACACCCCGGCCAAUGACACGUGGGUGGAAGUGUCACGCAACUCGAAUGCAUUUCCACAGCGAACACCAUCGCUAGCGCAGAUUCUCUUUGCCGCAUGCGACGUUUGCGUUUAUUGCGGAGGCAAGUUCGUGGACUAG